GGGGUAUGGGGGGGGCUGUUCAUGGCAGUCAGACUGUGUUUGUCUCUGUAUCCAUGUGCAGAAUGAGCAUGGGUGACUAGGUCCCCCAGCGGCCAGUUGCCAACCAGGGUGGUCCCCCAGGAGCCAAUCACUGAGCCAGCAGGGUUCUGCUUCCACAGGGUGCACAGCCAAUAUUGGGGUGGAGGGGGUCGCUGUGCACCAGCAUGCACCCCCAUGAGUCUCUGCUGAGACUGAGUAGAGUGCAUGCGCGCGUGUGUGUGUGCACAUUCCUGCAUGUGCAUGCAUGCAUCUGUGUUUAUGGCAGAAGGGAAACAGUUUGUGUCUGUGCAGACCGUGAGCGACUAGAGUGUGUGCCUGUCUGUGUGCACACGUGCACGUGUCCGUGCAUGUCUGUUCAUAGCAGGUUGAGUAUUUGUGUCUGUGUCCAAGUGCAGAGAGUGAGUGGAGUGCGUGUCCACCUACAUCCCUGUGUACGUGCAUGUUAGUGCACAUAUGUGCAUGCAUGUGUUUGUGUUCGUGGCAGGGAGAAUGCGGUUUUUGUGUCUGGGCAGAGAAUAAGUAAAGUGUGUGUGGCCAUAGCAGGACAGGGGGACGGGUGUCAGGGAGAACAGCUCCCGUGGUGGGAGGCAGCUUCCAAUUUUGUGUUUGCCCAGGGCCUCAGUGCAUAUUAAUCCACAACACUGGGGGGGGCGGGGUAUGCCCAAUGGCAGACUAGCACUGUCACUGUUUAUUAAUAUGGUGCUUUAUUGGGCCUGAGCAUCCCAAGUCAUGAUCUCGCAGGCAGAGCACAUUGGCUUUCUCCAAUAGGAUUCUUGAGGUUUUGCUGACGUGCUAGCAACACGCGCUGGGAUUUCACCCCUGUGGCUCUUACCCCCUGCCAUUCCCACCAAGGCUCCCAAUCCCACAUUGGGACUCUCAAAAAGCCCUCCUCUUCGCUGCUCCAACUCUUCAGUCUACCAGUGAUCAACAUUUCACUUGUAGGAGCCACUGCUAGGUCCUUCUCUACUACUACUUCACACACACCCUGUUGGGUAGCUGGGCCGGGGGUGGUGGAAAACAUCAUCCCACCAAGGAACAGUGGGGCGGGGUGGGGGCGAAUAAUGAAAUCUCUCCCCUUGGGCUCCCUGCCGUGCUUUGGAAUGAUGGAAGAAUAAGAAGUUAAUUCCCCAACGGGAGAGGUGUAGUACCCCACCCCAAGGUGGGGUAAAAGAAAACUGGUUUAGUUAGUAGUGAAUUCCCUGCAGGUCGUGGAGAACCCCGGCUGCUCUCACAGCUGGUAGUCUUCCUUUUGCCCUCCACCACUGUGCACCCCACUCUUUUCUCUCUCUUGCUGGUACCAGCGGAUCCUUUCUCCGUGGGACCUUCUCUCGGCCCAUAAGUCUCUCCUCUCUCUCACCUCCUUGCCUCACCGGUUGCCAUGGUUACCUCCACAUGGUCAGCCCCUCCAAUCGGCAAGAUGUUCCAGCCUUGGGUUUGCUGCUCCUGGCAUCCCUGCUGAAUGUCUCCACUGUGCCCCACGGGGUGAAGAAAACCACCCUGCCUGGACUUAAAUCACUGCUGGCUCCUAAUCGGUUCACCUUCACCCUGGUGCCAUCCUUUCCCAACGUGCCUACUAAGUAAUUAACUUUGCCCGGGGCUGCCCGGACUCGCAACUUUGUAACAUCAAAGGAACAGGCUGUCCUUGCUCUGUUACAAUCAGGAACAAUCUACAAAAACCACACUGACCUGAGACUUUUUUGAAAGUCAGUGGCUAACAAGGCAUCUUGGGUUUCCAGCCUUCAUUUCGAGGCAGUCACGUGGCACCUGCAGUCUUGGAAGUUUAUGGGUGUAUUUCACUCCCCUGGGAUUUGGGUGUCUCUCCGUUGGCUGCCUUUGACCACUAGUUUACAGAAUCAACAUUUUCAUUCCCCCUCGGUUGUGGCGCACUCCCAAACCUGGCUAAGUACAAGGGACACCUGAACCUGAAUCCUGCAGAAAUUGGGAAGGAACCUCUUCUACCUUUCCUUCCAAGUAAUACCCCAAUCCUGAGGAACCAACAAUUACUACCCUCUCCUGUAGGCCUCUGGGUGUAUCAGUACCGGAUGUGUCCUUCUCCACUGCCUGACUUACUUGUCCUGCCUGGAAUGGCAUCUUUACUGUGGGCAGCCCCUCCAGAAAUGGUCAUGGCCAGCACAGUGCCAGCAUCAACCAGCAGUCCCCUGCUGUAACCCUAUCAGCUGUGGUCCAGGUGGGUCCCUACUAGCACAUCUGCUCUGGCUCUAACUCUCCAAAGUCUGUCGGAUUUUGUCUGUUGUACCGUGAAGUUUUUGCAUGAUCUCUGUUAUUGCCUGCUGGGGUGUGUAUUGUACCACCAGCUUGUCCUUCUUUGGCAGGCAUAUGUACUCGAUCCUCCUUGUCUUGGUAAAUUAGGGCUCCCAUCUAAUCUGCCAGCUCCAGUAAGUGGUUAGGUUUAUGGCUGCCUCCAGGCUCUGAGCUUUUCCCUGACAAAAUUUAGCAUUUGUCUCCCCACUGCAGGUAUGUUUUAUAAAAUGGUCUCAGGCAAGCGUAUCAUGUAUGUCUGAGCCAAGCUAUAGGAAAGCCUUUCCAGCUAAUUGUCUGAGUGCCAAGCCAAAAUUUUGUGCUGACUUUGUGUCCUUACUCACAGACUGAAAGCCAUGCUGGCCCUGCCAAGGCCUGCAGCUGGGUUAAAAGGUCUCCCAACAGCCUCUAUUAAACGCUUGUAAUUUUUCUUAAUUUCACCACUGAGGCUGUAGUAGACCACCCCAACCUUCCCUAGCAGUACCAGACCCAGGAAGCCUAGCUGGACAGUCUCGGCCCAACCAUUUACCUUAGCUGCCAGCUUGAAUUUCUCAUGCCAGGUGUCCCACUUCUGUUGGUCCCCACAAAUGCAUACAUUUCACACCUUACAUUCCCAUCCUCACCUCUGGCAGGAUACUCUGUGAACCAGCCUUACCAGCUUUACUCUCACAGUUCCCUGUACAGGUCUCCAGGUCAGGAACCGCAUUUGUAGUCUCAAUCUGGCUGCAUGCUUCUCUCCUUCUUAUUGCACUGGCAAUUUCCAGGCCACUGGUACCCAGGGAAGCAGGCACGCAAGGGCCAGGCCCAGCCUGGUGGGAGCCUGUCGGAGCUGGAGAGUGGUGAUGCCUUGCUGUCCCUGCCAAGGGUGGCCGGGUCAGAUGUGAGCUGCACAAGUGCAUUGAAGUAUAUGGAAACCAGCAGCAGCAGGGGACACCUCCUCUAUGGUGGCCACAGCACUGGGUUGACGUGGGCAGGGGUGAGUGGCUGACAGCACAUGGCCAAGGUCACCUGGAGGGAGGGGAAGUCUCGCCUGGGCUGUACCUGAUCAGUCCAGGCCCCAGGCUGCUGACGGCCACACACCAGCCCCCAUCUCUCCCCAGACAGUGCCUUGGUGCAGGGCCCUGCACAGCCCAUGGCAGCACUGAUGGGGCUAGGAGCCAGGUGGUUGCGGGGGCAGGGGGGGGUGCAACUGGAAGUGACAGGAGUGCAGAGACAGGUAGGAGAGUGGAAAGGCAUGGAUAUGACCUGGGGAGGCCUCCUUUCCUCUGCGACCAGGGGCCUGGGGACACUGAGACCUGGAGGAGCUCAGGGACCAGACCCCAAAGUGCACAUGGCCCUUCCUGCUCUGCAGCCUUUCCCUGCCUGGGGCCUGCAGGUCUGGGUUGCUCAGAGCACUGGGGUCCUGGGAGCAGACACUAGCCAGGGAGCAGGAGAGGAUCCUCAGAGCCCUGUCCCCCCUCCCGAGCCUGCCCUGGGCUCUUGCUACCAGGGAAGCGGAGGCCCAGGCUGACUCCCUUCCACUCCUCAGAUCCAGCAGGCAAUGGAGAGGGGCCAGGCCCAGGGCUGGCUCAGCAACCAGCAUAUGAAAACCUUCAGCAUAAGGUGGAGACUUUUCCUGUUGAUUCCAGUCUGGGGUCUGGCUCCUUCCCAAGUGAACAUGAAAGCCAAGAGGAGCUGCUAGGAAUCCACUUAAUGCUCAUGCUACAACAACUCUGGAAGGACGGACAGAGAGAUGAUGCCCUAGGAGCAGCCCCUGGGCUCUGUGCUUCUUCCCAUGCUUCUCCUGUUUUUCCUUUUGUGCCGUAUGCAUUAUGCAAGGAUCCCGGUUCCCCUUGCAGAUGGGCAGCAUUCCAGCCUGCAAGGGGCUGCUUGGGGCUGCUGGCAGUGAAGUGCAGGGAUGCAGGACGCACUCCUGCAUGUGGCCAGGAAUACAGCCAGACAGCGGGAAGAGCUGCUCCCUGCAGGUUCCCAGCUGCAGGUGACCACAACGCCCUCCUCCACAGCCCAGGUGGGCUCGGGGCCCUGCUGCAGUGUCGGUUCACUGUUGGGAGGGCCGGUGACUCUGCGCUCCCUGCAGGUGCAAUAGUACUUAGGGGACUGGAAGGUACAAUCGGGGCAGGAUGCAGUAGCCAGGCCUAGUCUGGAGCCAGCCUACUGUUGAAGAAGGAGCUGGGAAGUGGAGACACCUCCCUGUUGAUGUCCCAUGGGGUCACCAUGGCUAAAGGCAUGUACUAAUAAUGUAUUCUCUGGCAUGGGGCAAAGCAGAAGCAAAGGAACAGUACCCUGCACAUGCUUGGUGAGUACCAGACAGGGGCUCUUUGGGAUUUCAGUGGCUGUGCCAGUACUGAGGCUGGAUGUGUGUGGAGGCGACACACACUCAGACCCAUGCCAUGGCAGUCCAAAGUAGCAAGUGAGUGAUGCACUUCAGGGUCUCAUUGCCAUGGUUCUGUCUAACCCUGGCCAGGGGCAGGCCCUCAGCCUCGCCCCAGGAGCAGUGGGAAGCCUCAUGAUGUGGGUAUGUGGUUGGGCAUGCAGUCGGGCAUUGAGUGCUGGCUUGCUGGCUGGGUCAGAGACAGCCCCCUGCUACCAGACUCAUGGGCACCACUGUCCUAUCCCCUCUGACCAUUCCUGGCCCCCAGCCCCAUACGGCCCCAGCAGGGUCAGUUGAGCAUCAGGGCUGACACGGGGGCCAGGCCCCACUUGGCCUCAAUAGCACUGUGGCAGCCCUACCUCGUGAGUACUUGUACUCGCCCUGCCUGGGGUCUCGCAUGGCUCAGUGACUUUCCUUUCAGCUGCCCUGACAACCUACAUCCUGAGGCAACCAGCCGUGGCCAACGCCAGGAGCUCCCUCCUGUGCCGCUCGUUGUGGGGGUCUACACCAGGAAGGUGGUUCUGGUGUGGCUGAGAGAUGGACGGGUCCUUGGGAUCUCCACCCACUCCAGGCCUGAGAGAAACAAAUGGGACCUUCAGCCUCAUCCUGACUGACACUUUCAUCCCAGUCCACAGCCAAGCUGGCAGCAUCUUUUCUUGCUGCAUGUGCCAUGAAGCUCUGGGGCAGCCACUGCAGGAGGGCAUCACCAUGGAUAUUCCAGGCAUCCUACAUGCCAUCCCUCAUCAUGGCAGGCUCCAGCUGGUGCAGCCCUUUCCUGAGGCGCCUGGGUACUGCUGCGGGCCAGACUGCAGGUCUGUGGAAAGACCAGCUGCAAGAGAGCAGCCCGGCUCAGACCACGUGGAGCAAAGUGGGGCUUGUUUGGGAUUUCAAUGCCGAUGCAGGUCCCAGGGAGGGCACCGCUUCUAUUCAAGGCACUCACCACCGUUCCCCACCUGCUCAUCCACUGCCACGGCCACCUGUGGGAGCUAGUUACCACCGCCAGCUGGCACUUGCUGUGUCCCCGAGCCUCUUUGGGCAAGUGUCAUUCAGUCCAGGCCUAAAGUGCUGGGGGUACCUACCCCAUACAGAGAUAGGUGGGGGAGCGGGAAAGGCCUGGACAGGGUCCGGGGGAGGUCUCCCUUCCCCUGCAGCCAGGGGUCCUGGGGCACUGAGACCUGGAGGAGCUGAGGGACUAGACCCCAAAGCGUGCACAGCCCCUCGUGCUGUGCACCUUUCCCUGCCCAGGGGCUGCGGGUCUGGGACAUGGGGAGCACUGGGACCCUGGGAGCAGACCCUGGGCAGGGAGCAGGAGGGGCCGGGAUCCCCAGAGCCCCCCAGCCCCGAGCCUGCCCUGGACUCCUGCUACUAGGACAAGGGAGGCCCCGGAAUGACAGUCCCCCUCCCCUCCCACCUCCCUGCUCCUCAAAGCCACUGGGCAGUGCAGAGGGGCCAGGGCUGGUCCUUGCUCAGUUCCCGGUGCAUUAAAAUUUCCUGACACAGGAUGGAGCCUUUUCCUAAUUAUUCCAACCUGGGCCCUGGCUGCUUCCCAUGUGAAAGUGAAACUCAGACAGCAAUUCCUGGAAAUGGAUGUUAUGCUCAUGCAACAAGGACUCUCUGAGCACAGAUGGGGGUCUGGGAUGAGAAUCUGGGGCCUUUCCUCCUUCCCGUAGUCGUUCUCCUAUCUUCCCUCUUUGCACCAGACGGUCCCAAGCUUCAGGUGACCACUGUGCCCUCCUCCUGGGCCCGUCUGGGCUCGGGGGCCCAGCUGCAGUGCCGGUUCACAGUUGGGAGUCCAGUGGUCCUGCGCUCCCUGCGGGUGCAGUGGUAUUUAGGGGAGCAGAAGAUGGCCUGGUAUGACCAGGGCAGGAGCCGGGUCCAGCCUGGAGCCAGUCUGCCGUCGGAAAAGGAGCUGCAAAGUGGAGACGCCUCCCUGUCGCUGGCCACGGUGACUCCAUGGGACAAGGGCAUGUACAAGUGUGUCGUGUGGCACAGGGAACAUCAACACCAGGGGGAGACUACCCUGCACCUGCUCGUUGGCCCAAGAGUCUCCAUCCCAAGACAGCCAGCUGUGGCCAAUGCCAAGACCUCCCUCCUGUGCCACAUGGCGGGGUUCUUCCCCGUGGAUGUGGACUUGGCGUGGCUGAGAGAUGGGCAGGUCCUGGAGGGCUCCACCCGCUCCAACUCCCAGAAGAACCUGGAUGGGAUUUUCAGCCUCACCCUGACCUACACCUUCACCCCUGUCAUCAGUGAUAUCGGCAGCGUCUUCUCCUGCCGCGUCCGCCAUGCAGCUCUGGGGCAGUCGCUGAAGGAGGACGUCCGCCUGGACAUUGUAGCUGCCCCGAAGAUUUCCAUCCCGAGACAACCAGUCACGGCUGAUGUUGAGACCUCCCUCCUGUGCCACGUGGCGGGGUUCUUCCCCAGUGACGUGGACGUGGCAUGGCUGAGAGACGGGCAGGUCCUGAAGGGCUCCACCCGCUCCAGCCCCCAGAGGAACCUGGAUGGGACAUUCAGCCUCACCUUGACCUACACCUUCACCCCUGCCCGUGGUGAUGCUGGACGCGUGUUUUCCUGCUGUGUCCACCAUGCGGCUCUGGAGCAGUCGCUACAGGAGGAUGUUUCCUUGGUCAUUCUAGUGCACACCACAGAGGUGGAUGAAAUCAGUACCCUGAUUGGACCCAUCCUGGGGAUCCUGGUUGUAAUGGUAGCCGCAGUCGCUACAAUCCUUUCCCGCUGUACAAAUAGGAGCAAAGGCUGGGCAGUCCCUUACUCCUUCUCAGAGGUGCAGGUGCCAGAGCAGUGCCUGCUGGGCCAGGAGGUGAUCCUGCACUGCUCCAUGGAGGGGACGUUCCCCGAGGACGUGGCCGUGACAUGGGAGAGGAUCUGCAGUGAGGACAGGACGGUGCCUGAGAGCGCUGGGGACCAGGAGAGCCCCGAGCACCAGCAGCUGCUCCCCGCCCUCCCCCCGGGCUGGAGAGUGACAAUGCAGAGAGCUGGGACCUGCCUCACAUCCUCCCUGACCUUCACCCCCACAGUGCAGGACGACGGGGUGAGGGUUCGGUGCUGCUUCCUCCAUGAGACCAAAUGUAUCAGAGAGGAGCGAGUUUCUCCAGAGAUCCAGGUGUGGGCCCGACCACAGGUGUCUGAGAUCCAGGUGUUGCCAGAGUGGGACCCCCGCGACAAGGUGCCGUUUGCUGUUCAGCUCCACAACUUCUACCCCAGGGAGGUGCCCCCGAUCCAGUGGGGCUGGGACGGGGCCGGGAGCUGGAGGGAAGACCCCGCGCAGAUAGACAAGAACGCGGAUGGCACGUUCACCGCGACGAGCGUCUGGAGAGUGCCCAGCCGGAGCCUGACCCGGCCGGAGCUGCGAGUGCAAGUGUGCGUCCAGCACGGCCCCGGAGAGCCCCCGAGCGAGAGAGAGCUCAGCCUGAGGGCCACGGGUCUCCUGCGGCCUCCAGAGGUGUCCGAAAUAUCCCAGCCCAAAUCCAUGGCCACGGGAAAGGGAGUCACCCUGAGCUGCCGCAUCGCGGGGCAUUUCCCAGGGGAGCUGAGCGUGACCUGGCUGCGGAGGCGCAAGGGGGAGGCCACUGCUGUGAUCCUGCGGGACUCGGCUGAGUGCAGGGUGGAGCCCGGCACGGCCGUCCUGGCACGGGACGGGAAGAGCUUCCAGCAGGAGACCAGACUCACCCACUGGACAUCCAGGGACCAGGGGGCAGAGUACAUCUGCCGUGUGGGACACCUCACCCUGGAGACCCACAUCGAGAGGAACAGUGGUUGCCAUCCACCCCCUCCAGACCUGGGGGAGGUCUUCCGUCCACAGGCCCCAGUCUCUGGAGAGCCAAUGACCCUGAAGGGCCUUCUAUCACAGUUCUACCCCAAGCAGCUAGCAAUGACCUGGCUGCAAAAGAGAGAAAGAAGGAAGGAGCCCAGGCCCCUGGAGAGCUCACCCCCACCACAACACAGGACCCACACCCCCAGCCGUGUGCCGGACAGGAAGUCCUACAGUGUAGACUCUGAGCUGAGCCUCCCCACGGUGGGGACGGAGGAUGGUGUGACUGAUUACCAAUGUCAUGUGGAACACGAGGCCCUGAAGAAGCCAAAGUCCAGCAGGAAGCUGCGGCUCAAAGGGCUGAUGAAGGAGAGAUUUGGGACCCACAUCACAUCUUACAUGACUUUCAUGCCCAUGGUGCAGGACAAGGGGUUGGUGAUCUGGUGCUGCUUCCUCCAUGAUGUCAAACAGAUCAGAAAGGAGCAAGUGUCCUUGGAGAUCCGGGUGUGGGGAGUGGAUCUAACUGGUGCCCAGCUGGAAUCAUCCUGGGAUCCUGAUCGUAGUGGGAGCCAUGGCUGCCAGAAACAUUUUUUGCUGUAUGAAGAGGAAAGCCUGUCAUCCGCACCCUCCAGACCUGGGGGAGGUCUCCUGCCCACAGGCCCUGGUCCCAGGGCAGCCGGAGGCCCUGAGGUGCCUGAUCUCGGGGUACUACCUCAAGCAGCUGGUGGUGACCUGGCUGUGAAAGGGAGUGGGAGAGAAGGAGCCCAGGCCUCUUGAGAGCUUAGGCCCCCACAGGAUCUACAUCCCCGCCCCCAGCCAGGCGCGGGACGUGAAGUCCUACAGCGUGGAGUCUGAGCUGUGCCUCCCCACCGGGCCUGAGGAAGAUGGGGUGGAGCACCUGUGCUGUGUGGAGCACGAGGUCCUGAAGAAACCCAAGUUCAGGGCCAGUGGGCAGCUGUGGCUCCAAGGUAGGAGCAUGCAAGCCGGGCAGCGCAGGGGAGUCCACAGUGGUGACAGCCGGGGGAUGCUGUGCUCUGCACCAGGCACAUGGCCCAGUUUGAGCAGACACCCCCUUGGACUGAGCUUCCUGCCAGUGGCUUUCAGGUGCAGGGGCCAAUUUCUGGGUGGUUUAGAAACAUCCCCUCCAGUCACCCCAGGAAGGCAGGGGGAAGCACUGACCACUAUCAGCCUGAAGGGGAAUAUGGGCUCCUGUCAUGGCCCAGUAUCACAAGUGAUGACAUGUGUGUCAGGGGACAUGUGUGUCACCUCAGACUGACUCCCCCAGUUCCAAUCCCAUCUCCCAGCUGCAGAUCCCAUGUCCCAAGGAGCCGGCUUCAGCCUGGCACCUGCACUCCCCCACCCCUCCACCCCACCCAUGCCCCUGCAGGUGGGUGCAGCCUGCCACCCUGCCCCAGUCAUGGAGAUGUCCAGAUGCUCCAAUUCUGCCAGGCAACUGGACCCACACACCCGGGAUGGCAAGUCACAGGCUCGUCCCACGUGUUUUCUAGGUCAUUCAGAGACCACCAAAGCCUCAAACACUUGAGGAGGGAGGAGGCAGUGUCACCAGCGCUGCAUCUCUGCCACCACUCAGGUGAUACCAGGGAUGGUGCCUGUUAGUGUAGUGGAAAGUAAGAUAAGAUAAGAUGCUGAAGGUCACAGACAUGCAGGAAAGGGAGCCCAAGAAGCAACAAGAAUAUCCAGUAGAUAACAACCCUAGCAACACUUAGCAAUGACAAAGGGCACCAACGGUCAUAAUAGGGUGGGGAAAUAAAAGUGCCAUGUACGGGAUAUCAUAGUAUGUAAAGCAGUAAACAGUAGACACAGGUGGGAUCAUAAGAUGAGAGGGAAAAAGGCGGGAGAAGGGAGGGAACAAGGUGGGGUGUAUGUAAAUCCAGCUUAAUAAAAAACUGUUGUAAAAGAUACUCUGGGUCACUCCAGUUACGAGUGUCCCAAGUGCUGCCAUGCUAUAAAGCUGCUUUGGGAAGCCAAUGAGUGUACUAGCCUGCUGCUAUCCAGUCAUUAGGCAUUGCAUGGAGUCAGGGUCUAACAGUGCCCACAGCUGGGCUGGGCUGCGGGAUCAGGUCACGGUUGGGACACAGGGCCCAGGGUCUGGCUUGCAGCUUGGUCACGGCUACAUCAUACCCAGGCCUCUGCUGGUGGAGGCUGCUCCUGCCUCCCUCCCUCCACGUGUGUCUGUGCUGUGGGGCUGGGCAGGGGGAGGGCUAGGGGCCAUGUCUCACUCUCUUUCCAUGGGGCCCAGCGCCAUGCAACUCCUGGGCUACCAGAAUAAAGCUGACAGUGCUGAUGAUCAUCGGCUUCCCUGAAUGGAUUUAGGAGCAGGCGGGGCAGGGCUGAAGCCUCCAGAGCCUCUGUAUGGAGCCGUCCACAGCUUAUAUAAAAUAUAUAUUUUAUAAUAUUUUAUAAAUAUAGUUAAAAAAAAUCCACCCUGGCUUCUCAGCCUCUUGCGGGCUAAGAUCAAGUGCCAUCACUGCAGUGGCCUGUUGCCCCAAGCAAGAUGGACCUGAAUGACGUUGUGUGGUACAGGCUGUGCCCCUGCCCAAUGCACUGUGGAGCAGACACUAGGGCUGUGUGAAAUGUCAUUGCCAGUUUUGUUUCAGGGCUGUUUCAACCCAUUUUGAGGAUGAAACAGUGAAAUCGAAAUGGAACAGAUAUAGUCGAAACAGCCUCGUAACAAAAUGAGGCAAAUCGAAAUGUUUCACCAUUUGAAUGCCGUGUUACAGGUUGAAACAGCAUACAACUUCUUUAUUUUUGGCCUGAUUUGGAUGAAACUUGCAGGAAUGGUACCCCUUCUAAGGGCAUGAAGCUUGCCAAGUUUCAAGGACAUAGGUGCAGGGGGUUCGGGUAAACAUUAACUCAUUAUCCUGCCUAGCUACUGUAUUAUGCAAUCAGUCGUGAGUCACUCAGGGACCAGCUCAACACACAGUGAGGAAAAUGAGUUAAUGAGCAAGGAUUAGCACCUAGGAAACCACAGACUAAGGAGAGGAAAGAAUCAAUACAGAGCCAGGAGCCGCUUCUGCCCCAAGAGAGAGACAGCCAGUUGCACAAGCCCCCAUGGCACGAGAUUUGUCUGCCUGCAGCUAGGGGUGCAGGGCCCCAGAACCCAGAAGCCCUGCACCGAUCUCCUUGACAGCUGCCAGGCUUCAUGGCCUCAGCAGGGGCCACCAUCCCUGCAGCUUUCACCCUGCUCUGCUUUAACACACAGUGUCACCCAUGUCACGAGUUUUGCUUGUCUGCAGCUUGAGGUACAGUUUCCCCCAAGCCCCUGCAUCUAUCUCCUUGAAACUUGGCAGGCCUCGUGGCCUCUGCAGGGUCUAGCAUGCCUGCAGUUUUUACCCCACUGUGGCUAAACACAUACACGACACAAGUUUUGCUUUCAAAACUUUGGGGUAGAUUUUCCCUGGUCCCUGCACCUAUCUCCCUGAACCUUGGCAAGAUUCGUUCCCUCAGAAGGGGUUACCAUUACUGUAGGUUUCAUCCAAAUCAAGCCAGAAAUGACAAAGUUAUAGGAUGUUUCAUGCUUCCCCAUUAUAGCUUAUGGACAAAUUGUCGAAACAGUGUUGCCGUUUUGAUCCUGUUUCAACAGAACGGAAGAGCUGUAUCAAAUUGAAAUAUAAUUUGAAACAUAAAGCUGUUUCAUCGAAACAUGGAAACACUGGCCAAAAUGGAAUGCUGCUGUUUCGCACAGCCCUCCCGGACGCCCUACGAGAGUCUGGUACAGGCUCCCAGUGGGAGGAUCUUGGCUACACGCCUGCUUCAGGGGAGUGGGGCACUGCUCCCCACAUUGCUCUUCUGGCCAUUGACCAAGAGCAGGUGAGACUUGAGUGCAUCCAGAUCCCAAGAUCUCCUGGCUUGGGCCUGCACAUGGGAUGCUUGCCAAUGGAUCUGGAAGUAUCUGAAGCCCUAGGCUGAAAAGUCUGGGAUGGAGGAUGCUUGCAGUGCCAUGUAUGGUUUUUAAAAUGAUUGGGUGUUGCUCACUCAAGGGGAUUUGGAAUGGAUUUGGCUAAUUUCACCUGGAAUAUGAACCCCCUCCCCCUACCCCCCCCCCCCAAACUCCAUGGUCCCAGCUAAUGGGCAUUAAGCUUGGCUGCUUCCCACUUCCCUGUGCUGCCACAGGUGCAGCAUUGGCCUUUGUGCCUCCCCCACAGCAGAGCAGAGGGGCAGGGACUAACAUUCCCGCAGGGCCAGGGAUGCAACCCAGGUGUCCUUGGCUCUGCACACCAUGCACACGGCAGUGCUCAGGAGAUGGGAAGGCACUGCUUGUGCCACAGAGCCCAGCGCCAGGACAUGGGGGAUCCUGCCCUGCCUCCACCAGGUGGGGGAGACCAAUGGUGGGGAGGUGCCAGGGACUGGGUUUUCUACAGCCCACACACAGCCCCUCCCCAAAGGGGCCCAGAGCCAUGAGGAUCCAGAUGUCCACAUCUGCCCACUGGGGGCAGGGGGAAGCCUUGCAGCCAGGUCCUGUCUCUCUCCUAGUUCCCUUGUUCCCUAGGCUGAACCCUCACUGCUGGCUCAGUCCUGGCUGCCCACUUGUUAUAGCAGGAUGGGUUCUCUUGGGCACCACCAGCUGGGCCUCAGGGGCUCUGCCCUGCCUGGGCUGGGGCAUCCUCUUCCCACUGUCUGCCACCAUGCCAUUUCUCCACCCUGCACUGCACCUCCAGGUGCUGAGCAGAGGCACCUUGCCUGGCCUGGCCUGGGGCUUUUCCACCAGUUUGAGCCACUGCUGUAGGGAACCCAGUGAAAGGGCAGUGGCUCUGCCCCUCUGAGCUGCCAUGGGAGACAGACAGGGACAGGGGGAGCCGGGACUGACACACACAGACAGUGCAUGUGCCUUGUGGGGCAGUGGCUGCUGGGAUGAGAGACUUUAAGGAGAAAGGAAGAAAAUGCAGUUUGAGGAGGGCUGGAAAGAAAUGCUGGUCCUGUCUGGACUGAGCCAGCCCUGUCUGCCUCCAGCUUCAGGCCUUUCAGCAAGGACUGACUAGGGGCUGGAAGUGCUGCUGCUGGGUAGGUGGACAUGGCCUCAUCCAGGAUUGGAACUGGGGACCUCUGGCACCCACAACACCGAUCACCCCUGGAGCCCAGAGGUGUCAGAUACAGGCCAGGGAGUCCAGCGUCCAGCCCCAGCUGCACCCCAAUGCCCCCCUCCUGGUGACCCCAACACCCGCUUCUGGGGCCAGGGGAGAAGAUGGUGACGUGGGGCUGGGUUGUGAGCAGCUCAGAGCUGGGGCAGGAGAAAUGUAGGGUCCUACAAGGCUGAAGUUGGUUGCUUACUCGCAGUUCCUCAUUCCUGGUUCCUUCUUCAAAGCUAAUCUAGACCCAAUAAAAGCUUAGUUAAUGAAAUUCUCUCUCUUUAGAAUGUGUAAUUCAUUAUAAUAACAAGCAUUUAUUGGGUCUAGAUUAGCUGUGAAAAAGGAACCGGAAUAAGGAACUGGAAAUAAGCAACCACCUUCAGCCUCAACAGGGUCCUGGGGGAGGGAGGGCUGAUCACCCUCAGGGGCACCACUGCACCCAGCCUAGACCCAUGAGCCAUGGGGAGAAGCAGUGGCUCCCAGCACUCCUCCCUGCCCUGAGCCCCUGUGCCGGGGGUGUGACACCAGGGUGGGGUUUGGGAAAAAGGAGGGAUUUUUUGCUUCUUUUAAGAAAGGGACUUAUUUCUGCCCCUACCCCACUGCACCCCAGCCCUGUCUGCAGCAGGAUCAGGGCCAGAUGGGUGGGGCACAGAGGUUUCCCCAGCAGCAGAGCGGUUGUCUGGGGGACAUGGGGCCCAGCUGGCUCCACCUCCUUCAUCCUGGUGGCUCCCCCUGUGCAGCCCCUUCCUCCCACCCCAGGUCCCAGCCUGGGGUCGUCCGCAGCCCCAGAAGCUGCCUGCUCAGCCCUUCCCAGCCACUCCCCAGAGCAGAGCCAGGGGCAGCAUCAGCCCACCAGGCUGUUCCCCCCUGGCCCAGGGGGUGAGUCCCUCAGCAAUGCCCCAACUGCCCCCGUGGGCAGCUCCUUGCAGUGCCUCCGAGCCAGGCCCAGCCCAGCCCUUUCCAGCACAGCAAAAGGAGACUGAGAAGGGAUCUUGUGGCUGUCUACAAAUUCAUGGGGGGGGGAGGGGGUGUUAAAAUCCAGGUGAACCAUCAGAUGUCCAUCUGUUACACUGCUUUUAAUUCUCUGUUAUGGUCUAUUGAGGCAUCUUGCUUAGUUUUUGUUUGAUUAUAUAAAAUAAUUCCCAUAUGGCUGAAUAUCCAAUUGACCAAGCAGAAAGCCACUGCUCUGAAUUGGCAAUUUUGGGUGCUUGUCCAUUUGCAAAUUCAAAGUGCUGAGCUGGCCACAGGGAAUGUGCUGCUGUAGCUCAGCUUCCUUCAAAAGCUAUUGGCAUGUCAGUUCAUAUCAAACUGGAUAUGGGGGGGCGGGGCAGUGGGGAGACAUUUAUUUUUAAAAAUGAAUUGUCCUCCCAUGUCAAAAUUGUUAUUGUUGCUUUUAAGCUUAUUUGUUGUCUAACUUCCUCCAAAAAUGGCACACUGCUAUCUUGUUGAUGUAAUCUGGAUAGCCUGCAACAAAAGAGAACUAGAAUAUUUUAUAACUGAAGAUUUUUGAUGCUGCAAAAACUAAAUAAAAUAUAAAUAAGCAUGUA